GUUUGCCGGCAUAUAUUCUUGCGCCUUCGGUUUGGGAAGGUGAACUGAUCGCCAGGACCGUAUGUCAGUGCAUUAACUCAAAGUUCUGCAUUUCCCAAGUCCUCACCGCACACAAUUUCCAUCUUUAAUGGACUAUCACUGCCGACGACACCAUAUGGGACAAUGUUAAUGCAUCAUUUGCUUAACCGUCCACAAAUGCCUUGAUCUCGCAGGGACUUCGCCACACUGCUGCAACUCGCGCAACAUCGACACACCACUGGACUUUUUUUAUUUAUUUAUUCGUGAAUAUGGCAAAGCGAUCGCAGUGAACUGUAGCGAAAGGUUUGCAACACAUUGUUGCAAAUAUUUUGAUGAAGAACAUGAUGCUCUCCCUCUCGCGUGCCCCGUAACUGCUUCCUUUCAUUCAGUCCAGUUUGGCGCUGAGCACCGUCUUCUCUCCUGGAGAUUUUCCUUCCAGUUUCCUCUCAAUUAUGUUCACUUUCGCUGCCUUUUGCUAUAUGCUUUCCCUUGUCCUCUGUGCUUCUCUCAUCUUCUUCGCGAUCUGGCAUAUAACAGCCUUUGAUGAGCUUCAGGCAGACUUCAAGGUGCCGAUCGAUCAGGGCAAUCCACUUCACGCGCGUGAAAGGCUGCGGAAUAUUGAGAGGAUCUGCUGCCUGCUGCGAAAGUUGGUGCUUCCAGAGUAUUCUAUCCAUGGACUCUUCUGUAUCAUGUUCCUGUGUGCUCAGGAGUGGCUUACUGUAGGCCUGAAUAUCCCUCUACUCUUCUACAACACAUGGAGCAGGUACUUUCACAGCCCCACAGAUACUAAGGAGCUUCUCUAUGAUCCAGCGUCCGUCAUGAACGGAGACACGCUCAAAUUCUGCCAAAAAGAAGCCUGGUGCAAGAUGUCCUUCUUCGUCCUCUCGUUCUUCUACUAUCUCUAUUGUAUGAUCUACUCCUUGGUGACCUCAUAACAGAGUUCUCAACACUGAAGUCAAGUCCAGUUUUCAGAAAGCUCUAAACUACAUUUGAAUGAAAGAAGAGCACCGCUAGACACAAGUUCAACACACUGCAAUGUCUGAACCUACAGAGAAGACUUGACCCCAUCUUCCCAGAGUAUCAGAAGAACCCUGUGUUGUUUACAGAUCUGACUCAACGCCCAAGAUGUCUCAUGGACCUGGUGUGACGCGCUAUUCACAAGCUCACAGUAACGUUUGCAAAGAUUGUCUCAGGCAUAGCACAACAUGUCCUUUACCACUUUGAGAAGCAAAACCUGCCAACCUUUACUCACUAUAUGUAGCUUAAAAUUCAUGUCGGAUUAAAACAAAUGAAAGGAAACGAUGGCUAACUUGAUCAGCGAAUGUUUCAUUUUUACCAGUCACACACUAGGCCACUGAGUUUGAUUACAUGUGUGAGAAGCUUUUGUGAAAUAUUUUAUGUGUAUUGGUGCACUCCUAACAUAAGCAUUUUUAAUAUGAAAUAUGUAUCCGUUGCAUUACUCGUGUACAUAGAGAACUUUGUGUAAUGCUUUUAUGUGUUGGUGUCAGUUGGUUGAGAUGUUUUUGGACUUUAUAUUUACAAAUGCUAAUAUUGAGGCUUUAUUAUAGAAAACAAAAGCCACUUUUCCACAAUUUUGCACAAAGUUGUUAUGAGUUUGCACAAUAGAUACAGUUAUUGGUUGUGGUGGAAAAACAAGUCAUAUUUAUAUACCCAGUACAAGUCUUCCAAUAUAUUACAGUGUAUCAAACUAUCAUAGAUUUUCAUUCUAGGGAAGAAAUUAAAACCACAGCUCAUGAUCUACAAAUUUCACUUUCUCAUUUUGUAUUAUCAUUAUUAUAUUAACUGUAUUAGUCUUAUACAACAUGGUCAGCAAUACUGAUUCUAUCUAUCUAUCUCUCUAUCUAUCUAUCUAUCUGUCUUUCUAUCUCUCUAUCUGUGAACCCCUUCUUACACACACACACACAUUUCUGACUUCUUCUUUCUACAGAUUUUAAACUAACAAUAUUGUUGGAUCAGUCAGGCUAACUGUCCAGAGUAACCACAUGAUGCAUAUGAGCAUAAACCCCUCAAGACUACGUGAUGCUUCGGUUUGGGCACCAUAUAUAAUGCAGAGUACUGAAAAUAGCAGUAGACAUACUACAUCAUUUUCAUUGCCGUGUAGGGGAUAAUAAUACCAAUCCCCAGCAGAACUAUACUCUGCUGCUGUCAUGUAGCCUGCUUUUGUAUGCCUUAUGUAGUUACACAUAUGAUGACCAAACAUUUUCUAUAUCCUUACUGUGGACGUGUUCACUCAUCCAAAUAUCAUUUAAGAAAUUUGUAUAUGAAAUAAAACAGACUAUUUUA